AUGGACGGAGACGAUGAACUCAUGGCUACGGUCUACCGCAAGAUCGAGCGGGAAAAGGCCCUUAUAACCGCCGCAACCAACAUGCGGCAAUCGACAGAUAAUCCCCUGGUACAGCAGCGAGUUGAUGCAAAUAUCCGCGACAGUCGCAAGAAUAUCGUCUACUUGGAGGAAAAGAUGCGGGAACUCCAGAUUCGCAAAAUGGGCCGUGAUGGCGGCCAAUCUCCCGACCAACCUGGCUCUCCGGCAAGUCCUCGAGGCGCGCCCCGUGGUUACGGCAGUGGACCUCCACCUCCUCCCAAGGAUGAUGGCGGUCGCUAUGCUUCCAAUGACAGAGGUGACUAUGGGGAUGUCGGCCCGGGAGGAUAUAGCCAGGGUGGAACUGGAGCUAUGCCGCCCCGUGCUCCAUAUGGGGACCCUAGGCCUGAUACUUCCAUACCAAAGGUCCGGCCAAAUUUCAGCAAACUAGGCAAGUUGUCGCAAUAUGUCACUAAAAUACCAACGGUCCAUGUUGAGAAGCAAUACAAAGACGGGAUUGAGAAGAUGGUUCGGUUGUAUCAAGAUGAGGGAGACCGGAAGAGCAGAGCGGAUGCCGAGGGACGACGAAUUGAGAGCAUCCAGAAAAUCAGGCUUUUAAAGCAGGCUCUGAAAAGAUAUGAGGAUCUCCACGUUGACAUCGCAUCCUCUACGGAUCAUCCCGAUGAUGAGAGUCUGAAUUCGCCAAAUAUUAGAAAGCCCCUUACCGGUCAUUUAACAAUGCGCAUCCACGCAGUGAAAGACGUUGACCAUGCAGCAAGCUCUCGGUUUUCACGAGGCCCUGAAACAUUCGUUAUAAUGAAAGUAGAAGACGCGAUUAAGGCAAAAACUAGAGCAACUAGAAGCGAUAAAUGGACUGAGGAAACUUUCAAUGUAGAUAUCGACAAAGCCAACGAGAUCGAACUUACAGUUUAUGACAAGGCUGGAGAUCGUCCAACUCCAAUUGGAAUGCUUUGGAUUCGAAUAUCCGACAUUUCGGAAGAGAUGCGGCGGAAAAAGAUAGAGUCGGAGUUCAACGCAUCCGGAUGGGUGUCCGCUGAUAAAAUGGAACACGGAGGGCCCAGUGGAAUUAGACCAGAUGCUCAAUUCCAUAGCGUUUCGCAACCGUCGUUUGGUGGGGGUUCGCAAGCAGGACCCAACGCUCAGCAUAUGGCUCAGAAUGCAACCGUGAUGAUUGAUUCAUGGUUCGCGCUAGAGCCUGUUGGUAGAAUACAUCUCACAAUGAGCUUUGCAAAACAAUUAAAGGAUCGACGGCCAUUUGACAUUGGUCUCAAUCGACAGGGUGCUGUUCGCCAGAAGAAGGAAGAGGUCCAUGAAAAACAGGGACACAAAUUCGUUACACAACAGUUCUAUAACAUUAUGCGUUGCGCUCUCUGUGGAGAUUUCUUGAAGUAUGCUGCAGGCAUGCAGUGUGCAGAUUGCAAGUACACGUGUCACAAAAAAUGUUACCCGAAAGUCGUCACCAAGUGUAUCAGCAAGGCGAAUUACGAAACCGAUCCAGACGAGGAGAAAAUCAACCAUCGUAUUCCCCAUCGGUUUGAGGGCUAUUCGAAUAUCUCUGCCAGUUGGUGUUGCCAUUGUGGCUACCUAUUGCCCUUUGGGCGGAAAAAUGCCAAAAAAUGCUCAGAAUGCAGUCUUACAUGCCAUGCGCAGUGCGCGCAUCUCGUUCCAGACUUUUGUGGCAUGUCAAUGGAAGUUGCCAACCAAAUCUUAGAGACUCUUAUUCAAACCAAAAAUCAUAACAAAGGCGCAUCUGGAAUGAGUAACCGCACCUUACGUCCACCUGGCCGCCCACAACCAGCAGGAGAAAGUGGACAGAAACCACCAGAUCCUGGGUAUGGACAGCCCCUGAAACCUGCUUCCGCGGAGGCAAUCAGCGCGGCCCAUAGCUCCUACACGCCUCAGUCACCGGUUGCGUCAUCCAGACAGAGUCACCCUCCCCGCGGCUCCUCAAAUGCAGCGGCGGCUGCAGCUGCAGCCGCAACGGGUAUGCGUCCACCCUCACAACCAGGGCCUCCCGCGGCCUACGAAAGGGCCGGAGAGUAUCCUGGGGUUCGACCAGCUGAUCAGUAUCAAACGGAUCCUCGUGGCAUCGCAGAUGCCGCCCGUCAACCUCAACAGCAGCCGCCAUCACAUGCCCACUAUGAUCCGAGCGCCUACGCGAGCAUAGGCACAUACGGCCAGGCACCUCAGCUUCCCCCUCUACAGGUUGCCCCACCUCCCGCGCAAUAUGGCCACUCCCAGCACACGCCGCUUACAUCGCAACCUCCCAUGUCCGCACUCCCUGUGAAAGAACCCCAGUCGGGACCGGUCGCCACGCAGCAGCCACCACAACAACCGAAGCCUAAAGUUGGCCUGGACCAUUUCAACUUCCUGGCGGUUCUUGGAAAGGGGAAUUUUGGCAAGGUUAUGCUGGCCGAGACGAAAUCUUCUAAGAAACUAUACGCUAUUAAAGUAUUAAAGAAGGAAUUCAUUAUUGAGAAUGAUGAAGUGGAGAGUACGAAGUCUGAAAAGCGUGUGUUCUUGAUUGCUAAUAAGGAGCGACAUCCCUUCUUACUUAAUCUCCAUGCAUGCUUCCAGACGGAAACUCGUGUCUAUUUCGUCAUGGAAUAUAUUUCUGGUGGUGAUCUCAUGCUUCAUAUUCAACGUGGUCAGUUUGGCUUGAAACGUGCACAGUUUUACGCCGCUGAGGUCUGCUUGGCGUUAAAAUAUUUCCAUGAGAACGGCGUAAUCUACCGCGAUUUGAAACUUGAUAACAUUCUGCUAACGCUGGACGGCCACAUCAAAAUUGCCGACUACGGGUUGUGCAAGGAGGAAAUGUGGUACGGCUGUACUACCAGCACAUUCUGUGGCACCCCUGAAUUCAUGGCACCAGAAAUUCUCUUGGACAAAAAGUACGGACGCGCGGUCGAUUGGUGGGCGUUUGGCGUCCUCAUUUACCAGAUGCUUCUCCAGCAAUCCCCUUUCCGUGGCGAAGACGAAGACGAAAUCUACGAUGCAAUCUUGGCAGAUGAGCCUCUCUACCCUAUUCACAUGCCCCGCGAUUCUGUGUCGAUUUUACAAAAGCUAUUGACUCACGAGCCGGAAAUGAGACUUGGAUCUGGACCAACGGACGCGCAAGAGAUCAUGUCCCAUGCUUUCUUCAGAAACAUUAACUGGGAUGAUGUAUACCAUAAACGCGUGCCUCCACCAUUCUGCCCGACCAUCUCUAACCCAACGGAUACAAGUAAUUUCGAUCAAGAGUUCACAAGCGUGACGCCUGUGUUGACUCCUGUGCAAUCUGUCCUCUCGCAAGCGAUGCAGGAGGAAUUCCGCGGCUUCUCGUAUUUCGCCGAUUUUGUUUAAUUGAUUUGCUCCAGGAACUAAAACAAUUCUGCACAUCGGGAUUCCCAGAUUUUCCCCACCAUCUCCCUCUUUUGGAAUUUACAUUAUCCUUCUCAGGUUUCUUAUUUCUCUCCUCUUUUUCUCUUCAAAUUUCUCUUUUACAUUGUCUAUUUUGAAAUGAGUAUCACAGACCCUUUAUCACUACGCCUCUUAUCAAAAAUUUAAUUUCCAUUAUCCAAUCAACGACGGACACCCCCAUCUUUAACGAAGAUUACUUCCCAUGAUUGAAACAAAAAGUAUAUACCUGCAUAUAUACAUACAUUCCCUCAGCUUAGCGGCCGUCGGGGGGGAGGAAGAGCUGGACUCCAGACGAAUGAACACCGUCGAGCGUGCAUGAGUGUCCCAGAACCAUAUUGCUGAGGUAGGCGGCGAUACAUAGGCUUAUUUUAAUAAUUUUUUUGUUGAAAAAAAAAAAAGAACAAAAAAAAAGCCGCCUGCACCCAAUUAAUUUACAACAGACUUACAGUACAUCGAUUCGGAGGUGGUGGACUUUUCUUAGGCUUAUUUGAUCUCUUGUUUCCAAAGCUCUGCUUAUACAUCACCACGGUCCGAAUUUUCAUUGAUUAAUCUUCUCAAAAUUACAUCUACCUAAUUAUUAUUAUAUCUCCCUGCACCUACACUUGUUGCUGUUAGUUCAUAUAAUUUCAUUUUACCUUUUCUAUUCUUUUC